CGCAGGCCCCGCCCCGCGGGCCUCCGGGGAAGUUUGCUCUGGGGCUGGCGCGCGGAGAGGCUGAGAGGGUCGGGCCGGGGACCAGCGACAGGCACUCGGCGCCGAGAGCGGUGUCUGGACUACCCGAGCUGCAUUCCCGCGACCCGGGUACGAGCCCCAAGUCCCCCGAUUACCCUGGUGUCCCAGCCUAGGCUGCAUGUGAGCGGAGGACGGAGCCCGAAGCACCCUUUCCAGAUGGAGGAGCCUGUACUCAGCACCGGCUGGGGCCUGGCCUGGGUCUCUGAUGAAGCCUGAGCUGCUGUGCUUUUUCUGGAGAUGGACGUUCCCAGGGCGCCCUCUGCCGGAUCCUGGAGGCAAACACUGUGAGUUCCAAGUGAUGGCGACCGUCCUGUCAGCGCUCUCCAGACUUUCCCCCUGGAAUGAGACCCUGCACCAGCAUUACAACUACGUGGGCAAGCUGGAGGGCAGGCUGAGAGACGCCCCUGAGGGCAGUGCACUCACCACUGUGCUGUUCUUGAUCAUCUGCAGCUUCAUCGUCUUGGAGAACCUGAUGGUUUUGAUCGCCAUAUGGAAAAACAAUAAAUUUCACAACCGCAUGUACUUCUUCAUUGGCAACCUGGCUCUCUCUGACCUGCUGGCCGGCAUUGCUUACAAGGUCAACAUUCUGAUGUCAGGCAAGAAGACACUGAGCCUGUCCCCAACUGUGUGGUUCCUGCGGGAAGGCAGCAUGUUUGUGGCCCUCGGAGCGUCCACCUGCAGCUUGCUGGCCAUUGCUAUCGAGCGGCACUUGACCAUGAUCAAAAUGAGGCCUUACGACGCCAACAAGAGGCACCGUGUCUUUCUCCUGAUCGGGAUGUGCUGGCUCAUUGCUCUCUCGCUGGGUGCCUUGCCCAUCCUGGGUUGGAACUGCCUGCACCACCUUCCGGACUGCUCCACCAUCCUGCCCCUCUAUUCCAAGAAAUACAUCGCCUUCUGCAUCAGCAUCUUCACGGCCGUCCUGGUGACCAUCGCGGUCCUGUACGCGCGCAUCUACUUCCUGGUGAAGUCCAGCAGCCGCAGGGUGGCCAGCCCCCACAACUCGGAGCGCUCCCUGGCCCUGCUGCGGACCGUGGUGAUCGUGGUGACCGUGUUCAUCGCCUGCUGGGCCCCGCUCUUCAUCCUCUUCCUCGUCGAUGUGGCCUGUGAGGUGAAGCAGUGCGCCAUCCUGUUCAAGGCCCAGUGGUUCAUUGUGCUGGCUGUGCUCAACUCAGCCAUGAACCCCGUCAUCUAUACGCUGGCCAGCAAGGAGAUGCGGCGAGCUUUCCUGCGGCUGGUGUGCGCCUGCCUGCUCAGGGGCCGGGGUGCCCGCUCCUCACCUGCCCGCCCCGUGCUCCACCCCAGCCGAAGCAAAUCCAGCGGUAGCAAUAAUAGCAGCCCCUCCCCAAAGAACAAGGAAGACCCUCCGCAAACGGCUGCCUUGCCUUGCAUAACAGACAGAAACGAGACUCUGCACAACGGCACCCUUUGCUAGUGAGGGCAUUUGCACCCCGGAGUGGGGUCCUCCAACCCCUGGCUCUGCAGCUGCGACAUUAUUUAUUGCAGGCCUCGUGUCUGGGGCUCUUCCAGAGCUGUGAACAGGACGUUUAACUUGUCAGCAAUUAAAGCCUGCCCAGUGUGGACGUCUGUCGAAGAGGGGACCCAAGGACUCACUAGCCCUCUGCAGUGUAGACAGCAUGCCCUAUCUGAUUCAGCUCCAGAAUCUUCUGGAGGUGCCCAGCUGCUGCCCUCAUCAGCAGCCCAGCUGCUGCCUCCCCCUGAUGCCCAGAGAGGGAAGGAGGAGGGCACACGGUGCCCGGGGUGUGUCCCCAUGUGGGCACAGUAUGUGGCAGCUGCACGCUGUGCCAACUGCAUGGACCGUGUGCUGUGUAUUCGCCACGUCUGUGCUGCGGAUUGCUCGUGUUCCCAGUGUCCACUGCUGGUACAUGUGGGAGCUGCCAGCACAGCUAUGUAACAGGCUGGCCAAGUAGUUUCUGAUGGAAGGACAGGAGUAAGGAUGCAGGGGGAUCGAGGUGGACAUGCCGGCCCAUUUCUCAGACCGACGGGAAGUCUGGUGUUAAGCAGGUUUUGGAUGCCCAAAUUCCCAUAAAGCGGGUUUGUCCGCAGCUGGUCUCAGAUGCAGGGGUCUGCCCCCAAACAGUCCCAAGACACCCUGACAUCUGACGGAUCCUGGAGAAAACUCCCAAGUUCAACAGUGUCUGUCCCCAAAGGGGCUGCUUUGCUUCUGUCAUGUGUCUCCACAGAGUCAUAAUCUCAUCCAAAAUCCAAGUUAGACAGAUUACAUGAUUGUUUUGGGGUUUUUCCAAAUCACAGAAAAGCCAGCCAGGGUCUUCGAGCGGCCUGUGUCCCCAGAGAACCCGGAGAGGACCCGCGAGGGGGAGCUGGAGGACGGACGCCCGGCCUGUGUCACCUCCAGCUUGCAGAAGCAGCCUUCUGUGUACGUGGGCACUUUGGCCACGAGUGCAGUGGGCAGUUUCUUUUGAAGUCGUGGAGGCCUACGAGAUGGCACUGUGAUCUUUUGUUGAGUUUGAUUCUGUAUCAGAAAAGCACCAAGUCGGUACCACCCCCCGUCCCGCUGCCCCGUGUGGUCACAGCUGAAUCACUGGGGCUGUGAGCGUCUCCCGGCUUCUCGAAAGCUGACCCUGACAGGCACUCUUAGGGCAGCUGAAGCAUCAGACGAGGCUCCGGCUCUGCAUUCGUCAGAGGAAUGUAACGAUGCUCUAAGCUUACUUUUUAAUGGAGGUUGACCCUGUAUCUUCACCUUAGCAGGGAUUAGUUAGAAGGCAUUUUGUCCUUCCCAAGGACUUGGCAAGCCACACACAUGCGUGAAGGGGAGCACACACAUGUGUAGAGCUCCCACUGACACAGAGCUGACAUGCUGAGCUCUUUGGGAAGCAAAAACGAGUCAACCUUCAAGAGGAUUCAGCCUUCGAGAGGAGUCCUUUAAACAGUUAAACCCACAUCAUAGCUCUUAGAGAUUUUUAAGUUUGAUAAGAAAUUUGCCUGAGUACAAAGGGGAAGAGAAAUCUUCAUUUAAUUUUUGAAGAGAAAUUGACUCCCAUUUGUUCCCCGAUGCCAGUGCCUCUCAAUGAGGAACAUUUCCGUGGGGCCCAGGGGAUCCCUAUGUACUGACCAAAGACUGUCCUCAUUUUUGUUACUGAUGAGAUAAAUCCUAUUUAUAAGGAGAUGCCUACCAGUGGCAUUUUUUCACCUUCUUUAACAUCACUGAAAAGGAGCUUCUCUUAUCAAAUAGCUUAAGAAAACCCAGGGCAUUUCUAGAAAAGUUAAGCAUUAGUGUGCACUGGGUUAAGAAAACAUAGCAGGGCUUCAGAGAGCCUGAAUGUUGGCAGUUACACUUUCACAUAGGUAACAAAAUGACUUUAGAGCUUCCUAGCUGAAGGGCUUUAGGCUCUCUGGCUAAUAUUUGUAACACCUUGCACGACAACCCCAAAUCCCUUUUAAGAUAACACAAAAACUUCAAGCAAUCUGAAUGAAAAAUACUCCCCAAGAGAUACUUGUGUUCAUUUGACAUAUGCAAAAAAAAAAAAAAGGAUCAGCUUUAAUACCAACAUGUCAUUCAUACAUAUGUCUGUCCAUUCAUACAUGUACCCCAGGGCUGGACAGCACUGAGGUGUUUCACAGCCGUAGGGAACUAGUGCAUUCAGUCUCAUUCAUUUAGUGGCUUUCACUGUGUUCCAUGUAUGUUUUCUCAAAAAAUAAAACCAAAAAGCCUUUGUUUGAA